AUGCUGCACCGCACUCUCCGCCGACUCGUGCCGAGUGAAGCGAUCGGCAGUGUUCACCCGGAUGUGUUGUGGGGUUAUCAGCAAGGCCAGUACGCUGGUCCUGGUUGGGCCAACUUUAUCAAGUCACUCCCCCUUGAGACGCUCGCGAUGCAGGGCGGUAGCACGAUGGCAAACCUGAACGAUCGCGCUGGCACCUUUGUCGACCCCGAGGACCCGCGUCACCCGCUUGCCCUCAUGCAGUUUGGCAUCAUGGGCAAAAUGGACGGUACGUUUCAUCAGCUGGCCUACGGAGACUUUGGUCGUAUACCGAAGGGGUCGCGGCUGAUGCAGGUUCUCUACGAGAACUACCUCGAACCCUUCUCCAUGAAUAGAGUGUGUGCGCAGCUGUACUUUUAUCAGAAAGUGCCGAACAACUAUCACGCCUCCGUAGACGCGACAGCCGAGUACGUGGGGCAGACGGCGUCGCUGGUUGGCCAGGUAGUGGUCGGUCUUGGUGCCUGUAUCAUGGAGGGUGUAACGAUUCGAGCGGAUACGAACUGCGUCUACAUUGCAGAAGGUGUGCAGAUCUUAGAGAACACAUGCAUCAUGAGCGAUGCACCGACAGAUCUGCUGGCGUACCAGCGUCACGAGCUGCUUAACCCGUACCAGCAGUGGGACGGCAUGGAUGGUGUCACACGCAUCAUGCCAAACACCAUUGUCGAAGCGAACUGCUACCUCGAUAGCUGUUCCAUUGGCUCCUUCAACCGCAUUGGCCACAAUACCAAGAUCAUGAAAGGGGUGACGACGGGCAUCAUGGUGCACAUUAUGCCUGGUAGCGUGGUGACGACUGAUACCAAGAUCGGCGACGGCGAGCUCUGGGGUGGCGCGCCGGCUUGCAAGAUUGGGGAGGUGAGCAAGUUUGAGUACAAACGCCCGUACUAUGCAUCGCUGCUGCAUCGUGAGAGCGUCGCGGAAUCGUACCGCAGCAUGUCUCGCUACGGCGACCAGUUCGUGCAUUAUGUGAAUGCGAUGGGCCAGCUGGAGACGCUCAUGAUUAAGUAUGAGGAUCACGUCACGCCAGGGGUCAAGGCAAAGGUGCGCGAUUUUGAAGAGGGUCGAGAGCCAUUCCACCACACAAUCACCCGCAUUGCGCAAGGGUGGUCACCGGCGAAUCGCCCAGAUGACAAGAACUUUGCCAUGGCUCCGCCUGCGCCGGGUGUGAAAUUGUUUGCCGAGCACAACACGGACUCGUCGCCGAGCGAGUGGAAUGGAUCGUACGCCAACAUCACGAACAUUUUCAACGACUUCCGCUGGUAA